CGCUGAAUGUGCAAGUGAAGACAAUUACUCAAAUAGCGGUAGAGUUGUUCCGCCUAUUACGUAGCACUCUCAGUCCAUUCAGUGCUUUCUGUUUGUGUGAGGGACUGGGGAGUCAUAGGAGUGCAUUCAUCGGCCUCAGCAGCAGGAGGAAGAGCUGGCAGGUCACUCACAGGACAGGUGGACAUUAGCUCGUAAACCACCAACCCACUUUAGAUAUGGACAUUUCUGUGGUUUUGGGCUGCUCUCUGGGUGCUGCCCUUGGGGCUGGGAUCCUUGCAUCCUAUAAACUGGGCUUACUUUACCAGCUAUUUCAUAAGACAGAGAGACAGAGCCCUCGACAUGGAGGUGAGAGCGUGGCGGAGGUUUUGCGAGCUCAUGACAUCAAAUUUGUCUUCACGUUGGUAGGAGGACACAUCUCACCCAUCCUGGUGGCCUGUGAGAAACUUGGCAUCCGCAUUGUCGACACACGCCACGAGGCCACAGCUGUGUUUGCUGCCGAUGCCGUAGCAAGACUUUCUGGUACAGUCGGUGUGGCUGCGGUGACGGCGGGGCCGGGGCUGACGAACACAGUGACUGCGGUGAAAAAUGCUCAAAUGGCCGAAUCACCGCUGCUUCUGAUUGGCGGUGCUGCUGCCACUCUCUUACAGGGUAGAGGUGCACUGCAGGAUAUUGACCAAAUGUCCCUCUUCAAGCCUCUAUGUAAGUUUUGUGCGUCAGUGAGGACUGUGAGAGAAAUUGUUCCCACUGUCAGAAAAGCCUUGGCCGUCGCACAGUCUGGCACACCAGGCCCAGUGUUUAUAGAGUUUCCCAUAGACACGUUGUACCCUUACCAUGUGGUGGAAAAAGAGUUUGCCCCUAAAAACACUCCUAAAGGCCUGAUGGGGAAAAUCAUUGCAUGGUAUCUCCGGAAUCAUUUAUCAAACUUGUUUGCUGGAGCUUGGGAGACACGUGAUCUGUCCCCACUUCCUGUUCACAUACCCCAUGCCACAGAGGAUGAGGUCCAAAGGUGUGUGGAAUUGGUGAGCAGAGCCAAGAAACCUGUCAUACUGUUAGGCAGUCAGGCAACAUUGCCCCCUACACCAGCGGAUGAUGUCAGAAAGGCCUUAGAAUCUUUAGGCAUUCCCUGCUUCCUGGGUGGAAUGUCCCGAGGGAUGCUGGGAAAGAACAGCCCACUGCACAUUAGACAAAACAGGAGAGAUGCCUUAAAAGAUGCUGACCUCGUGCUGCUGGCAGGCACGGUGUGUGAUUUCAGACUGAGCUACGGAAGAGUGCUGAACCGACGGAGCAAAAUCAUCGCCGUCAACAGAGACAGGAGUCAGCUACUAAAGAACUCCGACAUGUUCUGGAAGCCAACAGUGGCCAUUCAAGGUGAUGCUGGUUCUUUCCUUGUGCGUCUCUCGAAAGCCCUGAAGGGACACAGAUGUCCAGAGGAAUGGCCUAGGAGCCUGAAAGAGGGAGAUGCCGUCAAAGAGAAAGCUAACAGAUCAAAAGCAGAUGAGAAGACAGAGAGGCAUUUGAACCCUCUGAGUGUUUUGCAUCGUGUGGAUGAGCUCUUGGCUGAGGACAGCAUCAUAGUGGCUGAUGGCGGUGAUUUUGUCGGCAGCGCAGCAUAUAUCAUGAGACCCCGGGGCCCGCUCCGCUGGCUGGACCCAGGGGCCUUUGGGACUCUGGGUGUUGGAGGAGGUUUUGCUCUGGGAGCAAAACUUUGUCGAUCUGAGUCUGAGGUAUGGAUCGUUUACGGCGAUGGUUCACUUGGAUAUAGCGUGGCUGAAUUUGAUACCUUCACACGUCACAAGACCCCAGUGAUCGCUCUGGUGGGAAAUGAUGCGUGCUGGAGUCAGAUCUCCAGAGAACAAGUGCCUAUGCUGGGGAGUAACGUAGCCUGCGGUCUUGCCUUUACAGAUUACCAUAUUGUAGCCGAUGGUUACGGGGGCAAAGGUUACCUGACUGGCCGAGAGGAUGAGUCGCAGCUUGAUGACAUCAUUAAAAAGGCGCAGAAGGAGUGCAGAGAGGGAAAGGCCGUUCUGCUGAAUGUUCUCAUUGGAAAAACUAACUUUAGGGAAGGUUCAAUCUCAGUUUGAAGAGAAACACUGUGCCCCAUCCUGCCUAGAUACCCAAAGUCUUUCUGGUGUUGUCAUGCUCAAAAUAUACCAUAGGUUGCACCCUUUACAAAGUUUUAUGGAUUCAGCUGAUUAUUUUUAAAAAGAGUUCUAAGCAACAACAUAUCAGAUGUUCAGAAACAUUUCUUCUGUUAUGCUGUGACUAAUACAAUGUUCGCAAAACUCUCAAGAACACGUCUCGGUCACGGUUCAUCCCAAAACCAAAAUAAGUAAAUGAUAAAAUGUUUAAAGAAAAUUAAGCUUGUGCUCAGGAUCAUUAAAAACAUUUCUAGUAUGACAUAUGUCCCCCAACUCUCAUUACGUAAAGCAAAGAAGGGAGAAAAUAAUGAUAUAUUAUUUAAAUCGUAUUUUUAAAAAGUAUUUAUAUACGGGGUAGUAUUGUUGUAUUUUAAUUUAUGCUAAUUUUAAAAGAAAUAUUAUAUAUAGCAUG